CAGCCCUUUUAGGCUUAUACCGACUUUCUGAAUCCUACUAUUAUUUUAAUUUGUUUUGAUUUUAGACGAAUUGUUUAUGCUGUUUUUAAUAUCGAAUAUACUGUUAAACCAAAUUGUCUGUUUAUUUUCUAUGGUUCUGUGCACUAGUUUCUACAGCGUUACGUUCUUGUCGAAACUUGGUAAAAUAUUGAUCUGUAGUCUGAAAGUGAGGAAGUACAGCAAAAGUAUAACGCCAUGGCGCACUCUUACCGGUGGAAAGUGUUGGUAAAAGAGUUCCCAUGUCUCUAUGACACGAAGAACCCUGAUUUCUUGAAUGAGGAGUUGAAGGCGCGCUGUUUUGAACAGCUUUUAGAGAGGUGCAACAAUGAAGGUGACCAAAUGACCAUGGGAAUACUAAAGCAGAGGGUGUCCGGGCUUCAGCUAGUUACUACAUGGCAUAAUAUUAUGCCUAAAGCCAGCGAAUCAAGACAACAGAUUGGAACCUAUAAUGCGAAAACAGACCGAUUUCUUGAAAUGGCCCGAGAGUUCCCAUGUCUGUGGGACUGUCGAGACUUGAACUUCAGAGUUGAAAGUGUAAGAAGGCUCAGCUAUAACCAGCUCUUAGAGAAAUACAACAGAGAGUCGUCAGUGCCAAUGACCAUGGAGGACCUGAAGAAGACAUUCAACAAUUUGAAGCAGCGUAUGAAGUACCAUUUGGUGCAUGCCGGUAAGAUUGGAUCCAAUAAUGCGGAAACAGACCGAUUUCUGGAAAUGGCCCAAGAGUUCCCAUGUCUGUGGGACCGUCGAGACUUGAACUACAAAAAUUUAAUUGUAAGAGGGCAUUGCUAUAAGCAGCUCUUAGAAAAGUACAACAGGGUGUCGUCAGUGCCAAUGACCAUGGAGAACCUGAAGAAGACAUUUAACAAUUUGAUCGCCCGUAUGAAGUACCAUUUGGCGAAUCCCGGUAAGAAAAGGAGCUCGAGGAAAGAUAAGGGGAAGAGGAAGAACGGGGAAGACCGCGGACCGGAGACUGGAGAGAGUAGCUCGUGGCCUCAACAGCAGACUUCCGAUUCGACGACAGAAAACAGCUCAGAUGCUGAGCCGUUGGUCAACCUUCGUAAAUAUUCCACGCCCCCCGUCAUCCUGCAAGGCAACGAGAUUGUCUUCAACUGGUGCUGCUUUUGUGGGGAGAUCAAGAACGACUGCCACCAGCUCACCCACGACAAACCUUACGAAAGAACCAACAAAAUUAUACUUACCGUGAAUGAUAUCAAUGUAGAAGUAGAUUUCAGAAAAGAUACUACACCACAAACUGUUUGCCAAAGUUGUGAUACAAAAUUGCAGGAGAUGUAUGAAUUUGUCAAACUUGUCAAAAAAACUCAAGACAAGUUUAGUAAUGUAAGUAAUAUUGAUGAUUUAAGAGAAAGCCCAGAAAUACUAAAUGAGAAUCAAUCUUAUAUGUCGACUAGUGACGAUGAUAACGAUAAGGGAAAUGUCAUAUACGACUUCCUAUCAAUCUCUGAUACGGAAUUCACAAAUAAAACAGUAUCUGCUCCUAAAAGAAAGAAAAAUAAGGAAGAAGUUGCUACAUCUAGGAAGAAAUUUAGAGUUUCUAUCGACUUCAAUUCCAUGUCAUCAUUUUGUGGCGAUAGUAAUGGGAGUAAUUACAUGAAUCUGAAUUGUGAUGAGGAAAGAUAUGCUUCAGUAGUUGCUUCUGAAGAAACUACAAGGGAAGUAAAUAAAGUUAAUGAAUCUGUCACUAUAAAAAAAGAAAUUAUUGAAAGUCCUGGAGAUAUACCUGAUAAAGAGCUGUUUGAUACAGAAAAUGUAAUACAACAUACUGAAAAACAACAAAAUACUACUACUUCUUCUAGUGAGACACGAAACAAACCGGCAAAUGAAACUAAUUCUAUUCUUGUAAUUGAUCAAGACACUGCAAGGGAAAGUAUUUCUGCAGUUACAUUGGCAGGUUAUUUGUUGAACAUUGCGACUGAAGAUGUUGAAACCCUGGUCGUAAAAAAAGAUGAUGAAUUAACCCAUGAUUAUGACAAUGUAAUUCAACAUCAUACUAUAAGAACUCAAAUGCGGCCAUCUGAAGCACAAAGAAAAAAUGCAAGUGAAAUAAAUUCAAUUGUAGGUCCUAAUAACUAUUCACCAAAAGCUAUUGCUACUCCUGAUGAUAGAAAAAAAGUGAGUGAAAAUGCUGAAACUGUUAUAAAACAAGAAUGUAUAGUUUUGAGUGAUGAUGAGGACAAUAAUGACGUCCAACCUAAUACAAAGACUAAAUUAGAACCUACUGAAGUACAAGAUACUCAAGUAUUAGUUAGUGAUCCCUCAAAAUUGCCAGGAACUCAAAAGGAACUCUUAAACGAUACAACCGGCCAUACUGCAAGUGUUUUAGUAAAUCAACCAAGCAGUGAACCAGUGUGUGUGAUUCCUAAAACUGACCUGAUAGCACUAGUUGAAUCGAUAGUGGCCCGCAUGUUGAACAAGUGAAUACUAUAAGAACUACAGAUGUGGGGUUUGCUCAUAUAGCCACUAGUAUUAUUAGCCAAUAAUUUUUGACCGGCCAAUUCGGGAAAAAAAUCGAUAACGGUACGUUACUAUGUUCAAGCGUGAAUACUCAAAUAUUAGGUAAAAUUGGUGGGUACAUAUAUGAAUGUACCAAUUAUCGAUAAGUACUAUUAUCACUUAGCAGCUAAGGUUAUGACUAUGGCUAUGGCUUAUUAAUAAAUAUUCAAUUAUUCACGUUUUACCUGAAAGUCCUGAAACUUCAUAAGAAACAAUUUUUGUCAAAAAAUAAUUGUGUUGAUUAAAUACGUAGAGGUCGAUCUUCAAGAGCUGGCUCGAAUGGAAUUAAUGUAAGUAAGAAAAAUAUC